UAACCGGACAGCAUCAGCUGCGGCAAUCUCAUUCUAUUAAGCUAGGCAGAACUGUUUUUUCCAAGAGCAAAUUUCGCAAGAAAAUGAGCUCAAAAUACGACGAAAUCAUGGCAACUAAGGCUUUUCUGCCUUAUCGAAUGGGAUAUCUUACAGACUGGAUGAUUAAUAAAGCCAAAGAAGAAUUAAAUGAAACUGAUGAAAUUCGAGGUCCCGCUUUAGCGGAAUUCCGAAGAUUGAUAGCCAAAAAAACAGAUCUAGACUGUUGGACAGAUGAUGCUUAUUUAUUGCAAUAUCUGAGAGCAAGGAAAUUUAAUGUCAAAAAUGCAAUGGAGCGUUUGCACAAUCUUUACACAGUAAAAAAGAAUUUCUCUGAUGUGUAUCCUGAGAACUUGGACCUUGACACUUUGAAAAAAUUAUUAGAUUGUGGUGGUUCCAGCUGUUUGCCAUAUAGAGAUGACAAUGGCAGCAUCGUUAUUGUUUUGAAAAUAGCCAAAUGGGAUCCUGAUAUUUUCACCUUUCGAACAGCCCUUACUGUAAUGACUGCGACGAUUUUAUGUACUAUAGAAGAUCCAGCAACUCAAGUGUGUGGAAUUCAAGCUCUAGUUGAUAUGCAAGGUGCUUCUAUGAAACACAUACGCCAAAUUACACCUAGAUAUAUUCAAUUGCUCUCUUAUGCUCUCAGAAACGCACUACCAGUAAGAUUUAAAGGAAUCCACAUAUUUAAUGAAUCAAUUUUCUUUGGCUACAUCUACAGUAUAUUAAAGAUAUUUUUGACUGAAAAGAUCAAAAAAAGGUUCCACUUCCACGGAAGCGAUACUAAGCACUUACAAAAAUACCUUCCAAAAGAAAUUUUGCCAGCUGAAUAUGAUGGUGAUAAUAUCCAUUACAAUCCCAAAGAUUUCUGUCAAAAAGAAAUGGAGUUGUUCUAUGAAAAAUACGCUGAAAUGCAUCGUAUAGGAUACCGUUGAUAGCAUAUCUUCUGUUGUUACAAAUCAUUGUUGUAUAUGCCAAUUUUGUAAACUAUUGCUGCACCUGCUGAUCUUGUGAUAACAUAAUAUGUUAUACCAUAGCCACAUGGCCAAACUUUGUGUUGAAGAAUAAGAGAAGAGCUAUUGAGUUUUAAAACAACCCAUGCAGCUAUAACUCGAUAAAAAACAGUCUCGCAUCUAUAAUUUUUGCUAGGCAAAGAGUAACAAAGAUCUGGGAAUUUAUUUAUGUUAAGAUCUUUAAUCUGUGAUACUCUGUGGCAUAUAACGUAUCAAGGCGCAAAGAGGAACAAUUAACUUUGAUGCUGAAAAUCAUUCAAUGUUUGUAUAAUUUGUAAAGAAUUCAGAUUGUUGCUGAAUUUUUGUAUUAUCUGAAACAUAUUUACAUCACUCCUCAAUUUUAUGAAACUGGUAGACGCAGUGUAAGCGGGUGGGCACACUUUUCGUUUUUAGAAAACUUUUUAUUUAUUUUUUUAUGUAUAUUUGCAUAUUUAUUUUUUUAUGUAUAUUUGCAUAUUUAAUUUUUUAUAUAUAUUUGCAUAUUUAUUUUUUCUAUUUAUGUAUAUUUAUGUACAUAUGUAUGUAUAAAACUUAAAAUAGACGAGCAGUUUUUUUUAAAAACAAAAAUUGUGCCCACCCCCUAACGCUAGGAAUGAAAUGCAUAAAAUUGAUUCUGUCCGCUAAUGAACUUGCGAAGGCCUAGAGUUUCAAUUGAAAUGCAAGCAAUUUAAUGUUAUGCAUCUUUUAUGAAGGGUAUUAUUUCGAUAUAAUAAUUACAUUUGAAUUUAUGGAAUCAAAGGUCGAAAAACUUAUUAACUGCAAUUAUAUUUACUGGCAUGCGAUAUUUUUUGUUCAUUCAAUAAAUUAACUCAUAUAUUUUG